CUCUAAAAACUUGGCAUCCUCCCAAAAACAUUCAAUUGCAAUUUGCUUGCCAUUCCUUUCCUGUCUUUCUCCCAUUUCUCAGGCUUCCUUCUCUCUCCUACUCCUUGCCGUUUCCCGGAAAAUUCAUCUCAAGAAUUUUCCCGGAAAAAAGGCAUAUUCAUCAUUAACGACCAGGAUUCAUUAAUUUUGGCUCCACAAUUAUAUAGUAUUGUGUAUUACGUGAUUUUGGUAGGUUGAAUUUGAUUGGAUAAUUUGAGAUGACUACGAGUCAAGGAGGAGGAUCGUCGAGGAGGAGCUCGUUGUCGUUGACGAGUUCGGUAUCUAAUUUGAAGAAGAAAAGUACAGCUGCUGAUAAUGGUGGAGGACAACCUGAUUCUGCUCCAAGAAAAUCGAUUUCGUCGUCUCGUUCCAUGGGAUUGACUGGAGAGCGGACAGUUAAGAGACUGCGACUGUCGAAAGCCCUAACAGUACCUGAUACUACAAGUAUUUAUGAUGCUUGCCGCAGGAUGGCUGCUCGCAGAGUUGAUGCUUUAUUGCUGACAGACUCAAAUGCAUUACUAUGCGGUAUCCUGACAGAUAAGGACAUAGCGACAAGGGUUAUUGCUCGCGAAAUUAAUAUUCAGGAAACACCAGUUUCAAAGAUUAUGACGAAAAAUCCUGUUUUUGUGCUUUCUGACACACUAGCUGUAGAAGCCUUGCAGAAAAUGGUGCUAGGAAAAUUCAGACAUUUGCCGGUUGUGGAAAAUGGAGAGGUCAUUGCUUUGCUUGAUAUAGCAAAAUGUCUUUAUGAUGCCAUUGCUCGACUUGAAAGGGCAGCUGAGAAAGGAAAGGCCAUUGCAGCUGCUGUUGAGGGCGUAGAAAAGCACUGGGGCUCAUCUGUUUCUGGUUCUAAUACAUUUAUUGAAACACUUCAGGAGCGGAUGUUCAGGCCUUCACUGUCAACCAUCAUCUCUGAGAAUUCAAAGGUGGUUAUAGUUGAACCAAGUGAUACUGUUUUAGCCGCAGCAAAAAAGAUGCUUGAAUCUCGAACAAGCUCUGCAAUAGUAAUGGUUGACAACAAACCACGAGGAAUUUUAACUUCAAAAGACAUGUUGAUGAGAGUCAUAGCUCAAGAUCUCUCCCCUGAGUCCAUUCUCGUUGAGAGGGUAAUGACCCCGAGUCCAGAAUGUGCUACAACCGAUACACCUAUUGUUGAUGCUUUACAUACAAUGCAUGAUGGAAAAUUUUUACACCUUCCUGUGGUUGAUAAAGAGGGAAUUGUAGUUGCUGUCCUUGAUGUUCUUCAUAUCACUCAUGCAGCUGUAGCCACGGUGGGAAAUACUGCUGGAGCAAAUAAUGAAGCUGCAAACACUAUGAUGCAAAAUUUUUGGGAUUCAGCUAUGGCGUUGACUCCAGAUGAUGAUGAAGAGACGCGGAGCGAGGGUUCAUUAAAAUUAGCUUCUGAAGGUGCAGAAACAGGAAGAUCGAUUCCCUAUCCUUCAGCUAGCCUGCCAAAUAUUUUUGCCUUCAAGAUUCAAGAUCGAAAGGGAAGGAUGCACAGAUUCAAUUGUGAUACACGGAGCGUGACAGAUCUCAUAACUUCAAUCAUUCAGAGACUAGGGGAUGACAUUGACCGAAACAGCCUUCCUCAGAUUUUGUAUGAAGAUGAAGACCAUGACAAGUGUAUCCUAGCAUCAGAUAGUGAUCUUUUAGCGGCAGUUGAACAUGCAAAGUUGUCAGGCUGGAAGGGAUUGAGAUUGCAUUUAGACUAUUCAGGAACGCCUGGCCGUAGGAGAGGUUCAAAUUCCGAAAGUUUAGAUUAUGCUCAUCCAGAAUCUGCAUGGGCUUCAGCCUAUACCGCUGUAGCAGCUGGUGCUGCAUUAGCUGCGAGUUUAGGUGUAUUCGCUUUCUUAAGGAGAUCCGGUGAAUGAUCACUUGAAAGUUUCGCCACAUGAUAUACCCUGCACUGGGAGCAGCAGAUAGGAAUAAUAACGGGUCAGUUUGAUUUGUACGAUUGUUGGCUGUGCUAUAGGAUUUGGAUCAGUAGCUCUAAAUUGGAGCCCAUUUUAUGUUUUUUUGCCCGGAAGCUGAAUUUGCAGGUGUUUAUUUAUCUAUACUGCUGAGAAUUGUGUCCUCUACACCCUUUGUAAUCCUCUGACCCAACAAAGUUUUAGUUCCCGGAGUGUAACAGAAUUCAGAGGUCUCAUAUGGCUCAUUGAUAUUCAUGUAAAGAUAUUGCGAAACAAACUUUCUUUGUGCUUGUAGUGACAAAUUUAAAUUUAUUGUCAAUGUCAGUGAAAAGA